AUGGGCUCUGCUACUGGCAUCAUGUAUACCGGGGACUCGUUGCCGCUGGACAUCACGGCCCUGGGCUUGAAUUCGGGCACGUCAAUGGACGGGAUCGACUGCGCUCUCUGCCGGUUCAGACAGGCGUCUCCCAAUGGCCCUAUGCACUUUGAGUUGCUUCAGUACGAUGAGAUUCCUCUCGAGCCAAAGAUCAAGAAGCGGGUUAUGGACAUGAUCUUUCACAACACGACAACGCCGGAGGAGUUGUCAGAAGUCAAUGUUGUUCUUGGCGAGACGUUUGCGGAGGCAGCCAAGGCAUUUUCGAAGAAGCAUGGUGUGCCAUUGUCAUCCAUCGAUGUCAUCGGCUCACAUGGACAGACAAUCUGGCUGGAGAGCAUGCCCCAGGGGGGACGCAAGAAGUCUGCCCUCACAAUGGCCGAGGGGACGUUUAUUGCUUCCAGCACGGGCAUCACUACCGUGACGGAUUUCCGGGUCUCAGAUCAGGCGGCCGGUCGACAGGGCGCCCCCCUUAUUGCGUUUUUUGACUCCCUUGUGCUUCACCACCCGACCAAGCUGAGGGCGUGCCAGAACAUUGGCGGCAUUGCCAACGUGUGCUUUGUGCCUCCGGAUUCCAACGGGCAGCUGAAUCAGGAGUUUUUUGAUUUCGACACGGGCCCGGGCAAUGUCUUCAUCGACGCCGCGGUCCGUUACUUUACAAAUGGAGAGCGGGAGUACGAUCAAGACGGUGAAAUGGGCAAACAGGGCAAGGUGAAUCAGCAAAUGGUGGACGAGUUCCUACGGACACAUUUCUACUUUGCCCUGGAUCCUCCCAAGACAACUGGCCGCGAGGUAUUCCGGGACACCAUUGCGCACGACUUGAUUGAGCGAGGAGUUGCAAACGGCAUGUCACCGAAUGACAUUGUGGCCACGAUUACGCGAAUCACGGCACAGGCCAUUGUCGAGCAUUACAAGCGAUAUAUGCCAUCGCAGUACGGCCCGCUGGCCGAGGUGUACAUGUGCGGCGGCGGAGCCAAAAAUCCCAACAUCCUGGACCAUCUAAGGGAGUCAUUCCCGGAGACGAGAUUCGUCAUGUUGGACGAGGCGGGCAUCCCGGCGGACGCCAAGGAGGCUAUUACGUUUGCGUGGCAAGGGAUGGAGGCCAUCGUCGGACGAAGUAUCCCUGUGCCGUCUCGGGUCGAGACAAGUCGUGGCUACGUGCUGGGGAAGAUCAGUCCCGGGCACAACUACAGGCGAGUGAUGAAGAAGGGGAUGGAUUUCGGAGCGGGUCACGAGCAGUUGGAGCCUGUGAGGGAGCUGGUCAACUAUGUUGGCGGAAAGGUGUACAACAAUAAGGGGUGA